CUUGGUUUAUGUUUGUUAUGUUGGCUACAUUUAAACUUGACAUUUCUCAAUGUGUGUCACAAUCGUAUAAUUUUUCUAGAUAUCAAAGACAUUCGUUGUAGAAAAUGCCUUCGGUUGCUGUGCCAAAAAUAUCUCGAGAAGAUGCCCCAAUUGGCAUCAACGCUAUUCUAUUGGGCCCCCCAGGUUCGGGUAAAGGAACUCAAGCCCCCAAACUGAAAGAAAAGUAUUGUGUGUGUCACCUUUCAACUGGAGACAUGCUACGCGCUGAAAUCCAAUCUGGCUCAGUUCUAGGAGCCAAACUGAAAAAAGUCAUGGACGAAGGAAAACUCGUAAGCGACGAUCUUGUUGUUAACAUGAUUGAUAGCAACCUUGACAAACCUGAAUGCAAAAACGGAUUUUUGUUGGAUGGAUUUCCUAGAACCGUCGUGCAGGCUGAGAAGCUUGAUGAUUUAUUGGAGAAAAGGGACACAAGUCUAGACGCUGUGAUAGAAUUUGGUAUAGAUGACAGUUUACUGGUGCGCCGUAUUACUGGUAGAUUAAUCCAUCCAAAAAGUGGCCGUUCAUAUCACGAGGAAUUUCAUCCCCCUAAAAAACCCAUGACCGACGACGUUACUGGUGAGCCCCUUGUGAGACGCUCUGAUGACACUGCAGAAGCUUUGAAAAAGCGUCUUCAAGCGUAUCAUACACAAACCAGGCCUCUUGUCGAUUAUUACCAAAUUCGGGGAAUCCACCACCGUAUUGAUGCUUCUAAAGCUGCGUCCGAGGUAUUCAGUAAAAUCGACAGCAUUUUUAUGAGGGCACGCAAGUCGAGAAUCGGGUUGUAAUUUUUUCCCCAUUUUAUUCUAUUUAAUGCAUUUAUUAGUCACAUUUAUCAUGAAUAAUAUUAAUUUUGCGGGGACUUUAUGUUGUUAUUAGUAGAACUUUUGAAAAAUUAUACAGAUUGUUACUCUAAUAAAUGUUUUUAUUUUUGUCAUAUUAAGAGGGAUUAAAUUAAUUGAACGUGUGUUUAUA